CAGCAGGAAUAUUGCAAGUCAACACAUGGAAGCCACAUGGUCACAUGGUCUCCAACGUUUUUCUCAUAAUAACUCCAUUACACUGAAGCUCCAGCGUUAAGCUAAUUUCCUGGUUUUCUAGGCCAAUGUCCAAAGAGGUGAAACCAGACGGCGUGUCUCUGCGUCCCGUAGGAGCACAAACAGAGGAAGCCACCUCGGAGCAGAAGCCGUUAUGCAUUUUCGGGACGGGAGAUUUGGGACGCUCCCUGGGCCGGCGCCUGCUGCAGAUGGACUACAAGGUGGUCUACGGCAGCCGCAGGCCUCACAGUUGUGGUUCUUUGCCUCAAGGAGCUCAGGUGUUGAGCUAUGCCGACGCAGCCCAGUUGGCCAGUCUGGUCUUUGUGUGUUUACACAGAGAACAUUACGGCUUCAUGGAGACGCUCGGCUCACAACUGGAAGGAAAGGUGCUGGUGGAUGUCAGCAACAACCCUGAGAAGAACCUCUACCCGGAGGCCAAUGCUGCAUAUUUGCAGAAACUGCUUCCCGGAUGCCGAGUGGUGAAAGGCUUUAACACCUUGUCUGCCUGGGCUCUGCAGAACGGACCGUCAGAUGCCAAUAGACAGGUCUACCUGUGUGGGAACAGUCCAGAGGCAAAGCAGGCCAUAGCGGAGGUGGCCACCAAGAUGGGCUUCACAGUUGUGGACAAGGGGUCUCUAUCUGCAGCCAGGGACCUGGAGGACGUCCCCCUGCAGCUCUUCCCAGAGUGGAGACUUCCGCUGAAAAUCGCCUUGGGCCUCACCGCCUUCUUCUUCUUCUACGUGCUCAUCAGAGACGUGAUCUACGCCUACGUGGAUCAGGGGAAAGACAUCUCCUUCAGAAUCAUGGUGUCCCUGGCCAACAAGGUGUUUCCUAUCGUUUCACUCGUCAUGUUGUCGCUGUGUUACCUGCCUGGAGUUAUCGCCGCCUUCCUUCAGCUGUACAGAGGAACCAAGUACAGGCGCUUCCCUGAUUGGCUGGACCGAUGGAUGCUAUGCAGGAAGCAGUUAGGACUGCUGGCACUGGCCUUUGCUUUCCUACACGUACUCUACACGCUCAUCAUCCCCAUAAGAUAUUAUGUGAGAUUCAAGAUUUCUGCCAGCACUGUCACCCAGAUCAGGGAAAACCAAACGUCAAAGUUCGACACAACGACGGCCUGGCGAAGUGACUCUUACUACUCUGUGGGGAUCCUGGGUUUCGCUUUUUACGUUCUACUCGGAAUAACAUCGCUCCCUUCAGUGAGCAACGCUCUCAGUUGGAGGGAAUUCAGCUUCGUACAGUCAAAGCUCGGCCACCUGACUUUGUUGCUCUGCACCCUCCACACCUACCUGUACGGCUGGGACAAGUUUCUUCGCCCCUCCACGUAUAAGUGGUACACUCCAGCGGGCUACAUGCUCGGUCUGGUGGUGCCUACGGCGGUGCUAGCAUUGAAGCUACUGCUCCUCCUUCCUUGCGUGGACCGAAACAUCACCCGCAUCCGUCGGGGCUGGGAGAGGCCUGCGACCGACGAGGAGAAAACACUUUUAAUGUAGGAAACGUAAAUAAAACACAUACAUAGCAUAUUUCGUAUUGGGGGCAGUGCCCCACCAGACACCAAAACAUGUUCUAUUUUUUUAUGUGUGAUGUUAUUGAGAAAUGAAUGUGAAUAAAUACCCAUACUACGA